AUGCUGCCCGAUACUCUCCAAUCCUUCCUACCUUUGCCCCUCCCCUUUCUUCAAUUCACCACAACUCGUUCUCGCCCUCUGAACCACAGCUCGCCUGCUCUGUCGUGCUUCUAUUCAUAUGUCCUUCUCCCACCCGCCUUCCUCCUUCUUCCCCCUCCCCCCUCUAAAUUCACCACAGUCAUGGUGGCAGUGCUCUUUGAGUUCUGGGGAGCGCUCGCUCAGCAUGUGUUUGACACGUGCCCUCCCUCUCCUCUCCCUCCAUCCCACCCAUGUGCUCUGUUCGCCAUGUCCCGAUCAGGUGAUGGUGGCGGUGCUAUUCGAGUGAUGGUGGCAGUGCUAUUCGAGUUCUGGGGAGCGCUCGGCAUGUGUCUCAUCAUAGUGAUGGUGGCAGUGAUAUUCGAGUUCUGGGGAGCGCUCGGCAUGUGUCUCAUCAUAGUGUGGCAGUCCGCUCUCAUCUUCCUGCCGCCCCUCCCCACGCUCUGCCUCCCCUCCUUCGCCACCUCCGCUGCCGAUGCCUCUGCACCCUCUGCUGCUCCGCUCUGCCUCUUGCCGAGGCACCUCGUGAUAGCGGCCAGUCUAGCGCUAGUCAUCCCCACCGUGCUAGUGCGCUCAUUUGCUCGCCUCACCAACGUAGCCCUCUCCGGUGUCGCCAGCAGCACUCUGCUCUGUUCUGUGAUGCUAGGCACGUGGGCGAGUGACCCUUCCUCUGCUGCUCUCCCAGAACCCCGCGCUCACCACCACUCCACCGUCUCCUGGUCCCACCUGCCCAUGGCAGCCGGCAUCUUCAUGGUUUCGCUCUCAGGCCAUGCGGGUCUGCCAUCCCUCCGGCGCAGCAUGCGGACACCACAGCACUUUGACCAGUGCAUCAUCGUCACAUUCUCCUCCAUGUUCCUCCUCAUGCAGACACCGCAGCACUUUGAGGGAAUUAUUAAAGUCACAUUCUCUGCCACUGGUGGGCUCACAGUAGCUUGUCUCAAUUCCUUCACCCAAUCCUCUAACACUCGCUCCACCAGCUAUGCCACCAUGGGUGGAUUCGCCUACCUUUACUUUGGAGACUCCGUGCGCGUGCUGGUAACCGCCAGCCUGGGCGACGCUGGAGCUGCUGCCUGGUCGCACCUCGCUCUGCCACAAUUUUCACUUGCUUCAUUCUUUCCCCUUUCGCAAUCCUCUUUCACUCGUUCCACCAGCUAUGCCACCAUGGGUGGAUUCGCCUACCUUUACUUUGGGGACUCUGUGCACGUGCUGGUAACCGCCAGCCUGGACGACGCUGGAGCUGCUGUGGGCAUCAUUCUGCUCCAAUGGGGUUCCGUUUCCGUCUCCCUCUCCGCCCUCCUCUCUCUCCUCGUCGCUGCCAGUGUGUUUACAACCAUACCGGCUCUGGUGUAUGUGAUGUCAGAGCUGAUUCUCGACCUCUCUGCCCGCCUCGGCCUGCCUGUCUCCUCACACAAGCCCACACCAAGUGCUGCGGAUCCUGUUGCUGAUGGUGCGGAGAGUGUCUGCCCUGCUGAUGGUGCGGAGAGUGUCUGCCCUGCUGAUGGUGGAUUACCACCGCCCCAAUGCAGCGCACAGCCAGUGCCACACCGCCACUCCGCGAUAGCUGAGGGCAUCACUCGCGUUGCUGUCACCUUCGUCGGCUACCUCACAGCAUACCUCACGUGA